AUGGCCCCAUUUUGCCAACGCCCAACACAACUCAACAUCAACGUGUUGAUCCAGUUCCCCUUCCUCGACAAUUUCACCAAGGCGACUGGAUUUGUCGGAUCAUUUGGGUGUGGCACCAAGCAGCAGAGACUCUCCAUCACAUCAGACCCACUCAAGGCGAACCCGGGUGAGAAUCUUUCAACUCUGAGAGAAGGAAUAUCGGAUGCCGCGACGCACUGGAUUGACAUUACCCGAAAUGCACUGGUGCAAAACAGUGAGAACAUAGCUGAUCCAGUUCGACAAAUCGCCAUCACCACGGCCCCGCUGAUAUCGCCUGGUCACCUCUCGUGGAAGCGCUAUGUUACGCAUUCUUCAAUCCGACAAAUCUACAAAGAUUCCUGGCACUCUUCUGGUCUUGCUGGUAUCCUAACUGGCCCACAAUACAUGCGCCGACUUUCAAAAUGA